AUGACGCAGCCACCGCAGCAAGGAAUAGCAGAACGAGGCUUAUCAGCAGCUUGGAAAGCAGCAAAAAUCAAUAAGAAAUUAAAUCUGAUUAAUCUUAAGCGUACAGGAUAUCUAGUGCAAGGAAAUUAACUGACUGAUGCGAUGGAGAACGGAAACCCUCCAGGUGCCCCAGAGCAAGCGGGCGAGUCCACUUCAAAGUCGCGGGGUGAUGCCAUAUUGGCCGAACUGGAAGCAAAUAUGGGCAAAUUCGCGUCAAUUGCUACCAGUGUCAAGGACAUGUCGGCGAGCAUUGCAAGCUUAAGAACGGAUAUCAAUGAAUUGAAGCGGAAAAGAACGCCAGAACAAGAUUCUGAUGACCAAGGACCUUCCUCAAAAAAGGAUCAAUCCGACGAACCAGAAGAAAUGGACUCGUCCGAUGACGAUGACGAAUUUGACGAUGAAUUGGAAGAAUUCCUGUCAAAUAAAAAACCAGAAGCUGAAGAAGACGAUUUCUGGCAAGACUUAAAUGACUUCGUAGCUGAAAAUGAAGACGUAGGCGAAGAAGUAUCAGAAAAAAUUGCGUCCAUAUCGCAGAAAGCGCUUCAAUGUAAUGCAGAUGAAAAGAAAAUCAAAGAAAUCAAAGAACGAAACAAAAGACCGAAAAACAUACCAAACCUCAAAAUUCCCCAAGUUGAUGAAUUUCUAUGGCGACAACUACGUGCAUCAACUAGAAACAAUGACUUCAUUUUGCAAAAAAUGCACAACACUUUGGCUUCGACGGCUGUACCCAUCAUCAAGGCCCUGGAUCAUCUGCAGACAUCAAACGACAAUAAGCUGAAGGCAUACCUUUCCGAUGCAUUCAAGUUGAUAACGAAUGGCAUAUCCAAGAACGUGGAGGUCAGACGAGAAAAGAUAAAAAGAGAAAUGGCCCCAAAAUACAAACACUUGGCCAAAUUGGAAAAAUCAGCAGACAAACUGUUUGGGGAUAAACUGUCAGACAACAUCAAGGCCGUUGACAACACGAAGAUUGUCGUGGCACAGCCACAAACAUCCAACAUGCGGCCGACAGUAGGUCAAAACUUCCGGCAAAAGGGAAAAAAGGGUUUUUUAGGCCAGAGGAACCGGUGGGAACACAACAAUCCCACCGGCUACUACCCCCAGAGCCAGAAGAAGCCGAUGAGGAAGUAUUUUCCAGGCAAAAACAACAACAAAGCACAGAUACGGAAGAACUAAAAACAGGAGAAAAUCCUGUUGCCUCGGGUGCUGCAGAAAAUAGCUCAAGACGCCGCCGAAGCGGUGCUCGUGUGUCCAAUAUGGCCGACUCAACCAUGGUGGCCAAGCCUGGUGCCAAUGAUAUGUGCAGAGUGUUACCUACUUCCACAGUCGCAGGAAAUUCUAAUUUUAACACACAAACCCGAGCAAGUACAUCCACUUCAAAAAAUGAGACUCGCAGUUUUCAAAUUAUCAGGAAGGUCCUCAAAAGCCAUGGAAUUUCAAAGUCAACAAGAGACAUUAUUCUUCAGUCUUGGCGAAGCAGUACCAAAAAACAAUAUGACAUUUAUCUUAGAAAAUGGUUUACUUACUGCAAAAAAUCAACUAAUCCCAUUAAACCCCAUAUAAAUGAAGUUUUACAAUUUCUUACCCAGCUAUACACGAACGGACUAAACUAUAGUGCACUAAACACUGCACGUAGUGCUUUAAGUAUUUUUCUCAACAUGUGUAGUAAUAUAAAUAUUCAUGAUAAUGAACUUAUAUCACGAUUCAUGAAGGGUUGUUUCAACAGUCGUCCGUCAUUGCCACGUUAUUGUCAUAUGUGGGAUGUUAAAGUUGUUUUGGACUAUCUUCAUACAUUAAAGAUCUCCACAUUGUUAGAUCUAUCUAGAAAACUGUGUAUACUGCUUUUGUUGGUUACUGGCCAACGCUGCCAGACAAUACAUUCAAUACAACUGAAUGACAUUUCAUUUGACAAAAAUACGACAAUGGUUACUAUACAACUAAAUACAUUGUUAAAACAAUCUCGACCGGGAAAACAUUUAAAGCCUAUGUAUUUAAAAGCUUAUGAGGGUAAAAUGAAUGUUUGUGUUGUUAAAACGUUAGUUGAAUAUUUGGACCGUACUAAAGAAAUUCGAGACAGUCAGUUUUUAUUCAUAACAACUACUAGUCCGUACAAGACCGCCUCAAAAUCUACCAUUAGUCGUUGGAUUAAAGACAUUAUGAGAGCGGCUGGUGUUGAUGAAGUAUUCAAACCACACAGUACUAGAUCAGCCGCCACUUCUAAGGCGAGUCUGGUAGGGCUGUCCUUACAGCAUAUUUUAGACACUGCUGGGUGGUCAAAUGCAAAAACGUUUGCAACAUUCUAUCAAAAAACUAUUGUAGAACCAUCUUCUAUGCAAUUUCAAUCAGCCGUGUUGGAUACAUGAAAUAAAUGCUGUGUAUUUUAAAAAAUGUGUUGCUAUAUUUAUUGAAUAGACAAAAUUUGUCGGUUCUCUAAAAUCUCGUGAGGGGCUCUUUGGGGGAUAUGCAGGAGAUAAAAUUGAAUAAUUAAUCGAGACUUACCUAGUAAGGUGAAGGUUGAUUAUAAUUUUAUCUCCUGCAAUCCCCCCAAAGAGCUCAUCACGCCCACCCUAUGGUACCCACCCUAAU